GUAGCCACAUACACGGUGAGCAGAACAUUCCAGGGAGCUGACUGACUACUGGAAAUUUUAUAACUCUAAAUAGUUAGUUUAGAAGAAAACAUCUCAUCGACAAAUGUAUAAACUCAACAGGAAGUGAAUCCCUGCCGCAGUAGGGAAGUAUGGAGGAUUCCAGCCGGGUCAGAUGUGACAGCCUGGAUGCUAGGUCAGAGUGUGACAAGGUGGUAAUUGACCAUGCGACCUUUGACCUCGAGGGCUCUGACCCUUCAGCGAGCCUGGAGCCUUCACCAGCAGAACUGGCACAGUGUGAAGCUGAAGUGGGGACGCUGCUUAGCAUCAUUGCUGAACUGAACAAGAAGAUGGGGUCACUAAAGGCACCAAGUGAAUGUGAUAAUGUGAGAUCGCCGGGACCAGCCAGGCCUCUGUUUCCUGACCUGCUGUCCCAUAGACUGGUCAAAAAAAGCCCAGAGAGACACAUUUCUACUGCUGCUAAACCUCCACUAGGUGACCAUGGGGGCAGUGGAGUCUGGAGUAAACUGCAGAGGGUCUUAUCAUCAGUGGAGGACUCCAUCAGCUGUAGAAGGACCUGGGCUUCCCCCAUAAGAGCCACUGACCAAGACAAGCACAAAGAGCAUCUGAGAGCAGCUCAGGAGAGCUGGGUCAAAGCCACCCAGAUUUUGGAGGAGAUGGAGACAGAGUUUGGGAUUUCAUGCCCACCGAGCCUCCCCAAGGAUCAGCGCCUGGAGGAGAUGCUCAAUGCGGACAAACAGGACUCUGCUCUCAGAAGCAACGAGCAGAGUCGUCAAGAGGAGAUGGAGAAAGCAACAAGCACCAUCACUCAGAAAGAAGAGGAGCAAAACAAGCUGGUGGGUGUCCAGCGGUCCUGGAGGUCAAGCAGCCGUUCUCCAUCCUACCGCUCCACCGCUCGGAGCCUCAGUCCAGACUGGUCCUCUCCUUCGUACCCCGGCUCCCCUUUACUACACAGGAGACGAGCCCGGACCGUGACACCCCUGUGUGCUGGAGACGGCUCUGCACUGGGCUCUGGACACCUGGGCAGCCCGUGUCCCAGCCCCAGCUCCAUCAGCCUGGAGUCUGAAUCAGAACGACUGAAUAGAUACGUCGAGAGGCUGAAGGCCAGAAACGAACGUCUCACUGCGGCGCUGGAGCGAAGGAAGUUGGAGUCGGAGCAGAUCAGUAUCACUCUGACCAGACUGGAGACCGACUGCUCUGCCCUGCAGUUGGCCCUCAGCUACUGUGAGGAGUGUGAGGAGGCCUACGGUGAGCUACUGUCGCUCUAUGAGGCCAAGAGGAAGCAAGGCAUUCCUCCACAGAUCGACUCAGCAGAGGCAGUUGGUGACAGGGAGCCGCCCGACGGCCUGUCAUCUCAGCUCAGGAAGAUGGGGACCGAAGAGCUGUCCACCUCCUUCUCAACAGCAGGGGUCACAGAGGAGACCGAAAUCCAGAGCCACACAGGCCAGAGAACACCUGAGCUGAACGAUCGAGAGACUGUUCUCCGGCAGCGAAUUGAGCACCUAAAGAGGGACCGUGCUGCCAUUUGUCUGCCCAAGCCGAGGCCGGGGGUGAAGGGUGAAACGAGCCUCGACGCAGGUCACCCGGUUGGAUCAAGAGCGGGACAUGGGACUAAAGAUGUCACCAAACCCCCGGAGGCCAGGAAGGAGAAGGCCUCCGUCUUCUAUGAGCUCAUCUCCGUCAGGGAGGAGAUGUCAGAUCUUCGCGCUUUAAUCCGCCUCAAGGAGAAAGAGCUGAGGUGUCUGGAGUGGAGCUUGAUGGCGCAGAGGGCCCAAGAAGCCGCCGGAAUUUUCGUCCCGGAAAGCGUUGCCGAGGACCUGGAUCACAGAGCCGAGCAACAGAGGCUCUGUGAGACCACAGCUAAACUGUGCAGCGACGCGGACACGGCUGAUCCUCGAACAAGGCCCAUCCUGAAAGAGCUGCACGCCAUCCUGCAGAGAGAACAAGCCCUGAAAAAGAGACUGGCGUUGGUGCACGACUCGCUGAACUCCGCUCUCUCGGACGGCGCCGCCCACAGGAGGGACGGCGGCGAGCACAUCGCGAGGCUCACGCAGGCGCACAGCAAAGCGCUGGCGUCGUACCGGCAGAUCCGCCGGAAGUACCGGGAGCAGGUGUGGAGGCUGGAGCAGAAGGUGGCGGCCAUGAUGGGGAGUCACCGCAGGCCGAGCGAGGCGGCGACGGCUGCGGGCGAAGACGCGGAGUGGAGGCGCGAAGAGACGGUUCUGUGAUUGAUGGACGCGAUCAGCAUCUGUCACUGUGUGCGUUACGUGCAGCCAUGAAUAAAGGGGAUGUAGAGUCAUGCUUCACUUUUUAAAUAACAGAAUCCAUUCCUUUCCAGCCAUUUGUGGCACUCGAAAGGCGCUCAUUGGCUAACUGAGAGUAAACGGGGGCAGAACGUGGAGAGGGCGCUCACUUUCCUGCUACGAGACCCCAGUGAACUAAACAAAAUUCCGAGGCUCAACUUGUGCGACAGGACUCGCACAUUCCUCGCCUCAGAGAAACAGCUGCCACGCGGUCACGGACGCCGGCGGCCGACGGAAGAACUGAGCCCACUGUGUGAGGAGCUGACCCCUCGGGAGCACAUGUGCUCUUUCCCAUGCAGCCCCACUUCACGGAGCCUCUGCCAGACACCCGCGCUGCCGUGACACAGCUCCCGGAGGACGGGGCUGGAGGCCGCAACAAUGGCCGACAUUCACACAGUACAGUCAGCGUGCAGGCGGAACGUUUGUCACAGCUCUGGGUGUUUUAUGAGUGAGUGCAGCUAAACCAGUAAAUCACAUGUUAUACAGUAUAUUAGUGACCCUUUUGUAGGGAAACAAAUGGUCGCGGGUGCACAAGGAGAGACAAUGAAGCACCCAACCAACAUGCUCGACGGUCUGUGGUGAAAUGCUCACGUUCUUCAGCUGCUCUGAAAUAAACUCAUUGUUGGACAACGUGAGACAGACACAUUAAACGAUGCAGUGGGUUUUUUCCAGGAAAAGGACGACAUCUGCUACGAACGUUGAGAAAAAAUAAGAAAACCUUUUACCUCCUGAAAACCUCUUAAAGAUGCACUCAGCUCCUGAGCUGGACUUUGAGUUGUGUUCAGGUGAGAAUGUUCCAUCUGAAGGAAAAAACACCAUCUAUGCGUCACAUUAAAGAAGCAUUUGAAAAACAUCAGACACAAUGAACAUUCUGUGCAGUCGCUUCCGGUCUUUUAUGUGUUCAUUUUGUGUGUGAAAAUAUAUGUAAAUAAAUUGACUCAAAAUUA